AACAGUAAAAUACUGCACUUUCCACUCUUCUUUCUUCACUCCACGUGUCUUUCAUCGCCGCGCCGAUGAGAUUUCUUCCAAAUAUACGCCGUUCGAUCUGCUGGAAUCGCGAGGGAUUACCCCUUAUAAACCCCAACUCAUCAUUUUCUGUCCGCACACUUUUCCAGAUCUAGCACUGAAUUUCUCCGUUCCGUUCAAAACAGUUCAUCCUUUUCUCACACACUUUCAAUAUCAGAUCCAACAUUCUUCAAUCCAAACUCAAUUCCUCCUUCAAUGGCUAAUCCUUCACCCGCAGCGUUCUCCGCUCUUCUUCUCCUUCUUUCUUUUUUAGUCAACAUCGCUUCCGCCGGCGAAUCGCCGGCACCGGCUCCGCCUCCGGAAUUUUCUCCCUCUUCUCCUCCUCGACAUUCUCCUUCUCCUCAUGUUGCUCCUCCUUCCCACAAUUCCCCUUCCGAGCCGCCUCAAUCUCCGUCUCCCGCGCCUUCUCAUCACGAUUCGCCGCCCGUUCCCCCGCCUCAGGAAAAUCCAUCUCCUUCGCCGGCUUCAUCACCGUAUCCGGACGCUGCAGAUGACGGCGGAGUCAACCAUGCCGAUUUGGCUGGCCACAAUGGUAAAUCGUCCUCAGAAGGAAUGAGUUCCGGGAAGAAAGCGGGAAUAGCGCUGGGAGUGAUUGUCGGUGCUGGCGUGGUGGUGUUGGGCGCGGUAGUGUACAAGAAGCGCCGCCAGAACAUGCAACGGUCCCAGUAUGGAUAUGCUGCGAGGAGAGAACUUCUUUAGGUUGACCAUUCGGUAUUAUUCACCAUACUGUUCUAGGUUUUUUUUAAUUCCAAUUCUAUUACAUAGUAUUCAUAACAUCUGAAUGAUUUGAAUUUAAAUUUCAUUUACAAAUCAGAAAUUUGUUUUGUUGCUAGCAAGUAGUCAAAUGUAGAUCCAUGUAUUGAAUUUUGAGGACUCUUUCUUAGUCAAUUCCACAGGAAUCCCUACCAUUGUUUA